AUGAACGCGUCCUGCCGCCUCGCGCCCCCGCCGCCCGCGCUGCCCCGGGGCCGGCGGGACCCGGCGGCGCCCGCCUGGGGCAACCAGAGCGGCGGCGGCUUCUGCGAGCAGGUGUUCAUCCAGCCCGAGGUCUUCCUGGCGCUGGGCCUCGUGAGCCUCCUGGAGAACAUCCUGGUGGUGGUGGCCGUGGCGCGCAACGGCAACCUGCACUCGCCCAUGUACUUCUUCCUGUGCAGCCUGGCCGUGGCCGACAUGCUGGUGAGCGUGUCCAACGCGCUGGAGACGGUCCUCAUCGCCGCGCUCAACAGCGACGCGCUGGCCCUCGAGGACCAGUUCGUGCAGCACAUGGACAACGUCUUCGACUCCAUGAUCUGCAUCUCCCUGGUGGCCUCCAUCUGCAACCUGCUGGCCAUCGCGGUGGACAGGUACGUGACCAUCUUCUACGCGCUGCGCUACCACAGCAUCAUGACGGCGCGCAAGGCGCUGGCCUCCAUCGCGGCCAUCUGGGCGAGCUGCGGCGUCUGCGGCGUGGUGUUCAUCGUGUACUCGGAGAGCAAGACGGUCAUCGUGUGCCUCAUCACCCUGUUCUUCGCCAUGCUGCUGCUCAUGGGCACCCUGUACGUGCACAUGUUCCUGUUCGCGCGCCUGCACGUCCAGCGCAUCGCGGCGCUGCCCCCCGCCGACGGCGCGGCCCCCGCGCAGCAGUCCUGCAUGAAGGGCGCGGUGACCAUCACCAUCCUGCUGGGCGUGUUCGUCUUCUGCUGGGCGCCGUUCUUCCUGCACCUGGUCCUCAUUGUCACCUGCCCCACCAACCCCUACUGCGUCUGCUACACCGCGCACUUCAACACCUACCUGGUCCUCAUCAUGUGCAACUCCGUCAUCGACCCUCUCAUCUACGCCUUCCGGAGCCUGGAGCUGAGAAACACCUUUAAGGAGAUUCUCUGCAGCUGCCACGGCCUGAGCUUGGGCUAG